AGGCCAUUGUAUUGGUUAAACAACCAUCUUAAAACCAUUUAGGUAAAAAAGAAGCAACCCCACAUGGCUUGAAUGACCUACCUAAUCUAUACUUACCUCCAGCAUGGUUUAAGCUAGUACCCUCUAGACACGCAUGAAUACAGAUGCUAUAUAAUCAUUCGGGUGUGACUCUGUUGAUACCGGAAAAUGGAUCAAGCAAAAGGAAAAGUCUGUGUUACCGGGGCUUCAGGCUUCCUAGCUUCUUGGCUUGUGAAAAGGCUUCUCCUUGACGGAUAUGAAGUUAUUGGAACAGUCAGAGAUCCAGGAAAUGAGAAGAAACUUGCACACCUUUGGAAGUUGGAAGGGGCAAAGGAGAGACUACGGUUGGUAAAGGCUGAUUUAGUGGAAGAUGGAAGUUUUGAUAACGCCAUAAUGGGAUGCCAAGGAGUUUUCCAUACUGCUUCUCCUGUCCUCAAACCUACCUCUAAUCCAGAGGAUGAGAUCUUAAGACCAGCUAUAGAGGGAACCCUGAAUGUACUCAGAUCAUGCAGGAAGAAUCAGUCCCUGAAGCGCGUGGUUCUCACCUCAUCCUCUUCAACUGUCAGAAUCAGAGAUGAUUUUGAUCCCAAUAUCCCUCUUGACGAAUCAGUUUGGACUUCUGUGGAGCUCUGCAAGCGUUUCCAGGUCUGGUAUGCCUUAUCAAAGACAUUAGCCGAGCAAGCUGCAUGGAAAUUUUGUGAAGAAAAUGGUAUUGACCUCGUCACUGUUCUACCAUCCUUCCUCGUCGGUCCCAGUCUGCCUCCUGAUCUGUGUUCUACAGCUUCCGAUGUCCUUGGACUACUGAAAGGAGAGACAGAGAAGUUCCAGUGGCAUGGACAAAUGGGGUAUGUUCAUAUCGAUGACGUUGCACGAACGCACAUACUUGUUUUUGAACACGAAGCAGCUCAAGGCAGAUACAUUUGCAGCUCUGAUGUCAUCAGCCUAGAGGAACUAGUUUCCUUCUUAUCCACUCGUUACCCAUCACUCCCUAUCCCCAAGAGGUUUGAGAAACUAAAUAGGCUGCAUUACAACUUUAACACCUCGAAGAUACAGAGUCUCGGGUUCAAGUUCAAGUCCCUAGAAGAGAUGUUUGAUGACUGCAUUGCCUCAUUCGUCGAGCAAGGCUAUUUAUCCACUGCGGUUCCAUAACUCUUAGACGAUAAAAUAUGUGCAAAUAAGAUUGGUCUGAGAUAAAGUAGUAAUGUCGCUUCACAAUAAAAGAAUGGAAUUUGAAAACA